GGGCCUCUGAAGGUCAUGAUCAAAAGCCUUGAGUAUUUUUCCAUUUUCCAUGUGUUUGUUUUUUCUACUCCGGCCCCAGACCCUCUCCUUGAAGGAGCUGGCCUUGAGAGUGACUUCGGUGGGCAGCCGCCCAGACUCCACACACCCUGCUGAGUCCACGUAAUGCCCAGCCUGGACGGGCCAGGGCUGAAGGACUACUCUUCAAAGAAACCCUUUGAAGUGCAAACAUUUCCUUUCCUGAAAAGAAGGGAAAUUGAAAUGAAAACGUAUUGUUCUGUGUAGACAAUGUUCUCUUCGAUCAAAGAGGGAGUGGGGCUUAUAAAGGGAGAUGCACAAAUUAGAGCUUGGUGUGGCCGCUGGUGUGGAUGUGAAUAUUCAUCCCUUUGGAGGAAAACAGUGGGGUCUCUGAGAUUGGGAUCUCACUCCUGGCAACACAUGUCUCUGGGUGAGCCCCACAUCAAAGGUCCUCGUUUCAGAUUCUCUCAUACCCAACUGCUUGCCAGAUAGUUCUAUCUGUUCUGCUGGACACAGGACAUAUGACAAGACUGCUUUUUGAUCCGAGGACAUUUUGACUGUCAUUUAUGAAUGGUCCCAGAACCUUCUUUGUACCUCUCUUGAGACAUCUUUGCUUCAAGAUCGAGGCUGUUCUCUGGUGAGAAGGUGUUGAGGCCUCGCAUCACAUUCCAGAUCUGAACAGCAACAUGGGGUGCAAAGGGCUGCUCAACAUUGGCCAGCAGAUGCUGCGACGGAAGGUGGUGGACUGCAGCCGGGAGGAGACACGGCUCUCUCGUUGCUUGAACACUUUUGACCUGGUGGCCCUUGGGGUGGGCAGCACGCUGGGUGCUGGCGUCUACGUCCUGGCUGGAGCGGUGGCCCGUGAGAAUGCGGGUCCUGCCAUUGUCAUCUCCUUCCUGAUCGCUGCACUGGCCUCGGUGCUGGCCGGCCUGUGCUACGGGGAGUUUGGUGCUCGGGUCCCCAAGACAGGCUCAGCUUACCUCUACAGCUACGUCACCGUUGGGGAGUUCUGGGCCUUUAUCACUGGCUGGAACUUAAUCCUCUCCUACAUCAUCGGUACUUCAAGCGUAGCGAGGGCCUGGAGCGCCACCUUCGAUGAGCUGAUCGGCAGACCCAUCGGGGAGUUCUCGCGGACACACAUGGCUCUGAACGUCCCCGGCGUGCUGGCCGAAAACCCCGACAUAUUCGCCGUGAUCAUAAUUCUUAUCUUGACAGGACUUUUAACUCUUGGUGUGAAGGAGUCAGCCAUGGUCAACAAAAUAUUCACUUGUGUCAACGUCCUGGUCCUGGGCUUCAUAAUGGUGUCGGGAUUUGUGAAAGGAUCGCUUAAAAACUGGCAGCUCACGGAGGAGAAUUUUGGGAACACUUCAGGCCGUCUCUGUUUGAACAAUGAUACAAAAGAAGGGAAGCCCGGUGUUGGUGGAUUCAUGCCCUUCGGGUUCUCUGGUGUCCUGUCAGGGGCAGCAACUUGCUUCUAUGCCUUCGUGGGCUUUGACUGCAUCGCCACCACAGGUGAAGAGGUAAAGAACCCACAGAAGGCCAUCCCCGUGGGGAUCGUGGCAUCCCUCCUGAUCUGCUUUAUCGCCUACUUUGGGGUGUCGGCCGCCCUCACACUCAUGAUGCCCUACUUCUGCCUGGACAAUAACAGCCCCCUGCCUGACGCCUUUAAGCAUGUGGGCUGGGAAGGCGCCAAGUACGCGGUGGCUGUGGGCUCCCUCUGCGCUCUCUCCGCCAGUCUUCUAGGUUCCAUGUUUCCUAUGCCUCGGGUUAUCUAUGCCAUGGCUGAGGAUGGACUGCUAUUUAAAUUUUUGGCCAAGGUCAAUGACAGGACCAAAACACCAAUAAUCGCCACAUUAGCCUCGGGUGCCAUUGCUGCUGUGAUGGCCUUCCUCUUUGACCUGAAGGACUUGGUGGACCUCAUGUCCAUUGGCACCCUCCUGGCUUACUCGUUGGUGGCUGCCUGUGUGUUGGUCUUACGGUAUCAGCCAGAGCAACCUAACCUGGUAUACCAGAUGGCCAGUACUUCCGAUGAGUUAGAUCAUGCAGACCAAAAUGAGCUGACUAGCACCAGUGAUUCCCAGUUGGGUUUUUUACCGGAGGCAGAGAUGUUCUCCUUGAAAACCAUACUCUCACCCAAAAACGUGGAGCCUUCCAAAGUCUCUGGGCUAAUCGUGAACAUUUCAACGAGCCUCAUAGCUGUUCUCAUCAUCACCUUCUGCAUUGUGGCCGUGCUUGGAAAGGAGGCUCUCACCAAAGGGGCGCUGUGGGCAGUCUUCAUGCUGGCAGGGUCUGCCCUCCUCUGUGCUGUGGUCACGGUCGUCAUCUGGAGGCAGCCCGAGAGCAAGACCAAGCUCUCAUUUAAGGUUCCCUUCCUGCCAGUGCUCCCCAUCCUGAGCAUCUUCGUGAACGUCUAUCUCAUGAUGCAGCUGGACCAGGGCACCUGGGUCCGGUUUGCCGUGUGGAUGCUGAUAGGCUUCAUCAUCUACUUUGGCUACGGCCUGUGGCACAGCGAGGAGGCGUCCCUGGAUGCUGACCAAGCAAGGACUCCUGAUGGCAACUUGGACCAGUGCAAGUGACGCACAGCCCCACCCCCCGGAGGUGGCAGCAUCCCACCCUCCCCUCCAGUGCAACAGGAAUCACCCGCACCCACAUCCCCACUGUAGCCAAAGGUGCAAUUACUUGAACUGCAGCCCCAGCCCACUCAGCUCUGCAGCUGGCUCUCCAGGCCCUGGUCACCUCCAGACAGCUGCCUGGCCAGGGCCACUGGGCUGCGGCUGGCCACUGUGUCUCUUCACUUCUCUGAACAAAGAGAGUAGGUCCUCUCCUACCAGCUCAGCCCUGAGCUGCUGCAGCCUCAGGCAGAGUGGAGGUCACCUUCUCCCCUUAUCUUGGGAACCAGGCCUUCCUCCCGGGGACUGUUCUGGGGUUGAAAUUCUGCAUACUCCAAUCUUUAGCAGCCGUCUUCCCGCUCAGCCCCAGACACCCAGCAGUCAAGCCAGAUGAGUACCACAAAACUGUGUCCCCACCAGCCCCCCGCCCGCAGAGCCAAACGAUAUAGUACACUUAAAAGGAAAAUCAGGCCUAUGGUUUUUCCCCGUUGUGUUCAGAUGGGUCGUUAGGACUGGACCGGGCCCACACCUCAGCUUCUGAGGGCUUUGCUGUGACACCACGGCAGCCCCCCGGGGCUGGGCAGCAGGGCUGAGGGCAGCUGGUUCCUCGCAAAUGAGGAAGAAGGGAUUGCUCCCAUUAGGGCCUGGGGUGGGGGGGUGGCCGGCUCUGCUUGUCCGUGUGUGUGCACAUGUGUAAACCAGGGACCUCCUUCAGCCCACGCCCUCCAGGCCUGGGCCGGUUCUUGCUGCUCCUGCCGUCUCCCCAACCGGCUGUGUCCUGAGUAACUGGAACAUGAGACUGUACCUGUGCGGGACUGUCCUCUCGAGGCAGAGUUGGGAACUUUCCUGUGAGUCGCCGCCACUCACUCAGUCUUACCCUCCCAUGCUUGGAACCAGUCUAUUGGCUCUUGUGAGGUUCUCAAGGUGGGUGGCAGCUCAGCCCAGGGUCAUGUCAUGUCGGGUCAUGGUGUUUCUGGCCCUGACAUGAGCUGCCCAGCCUCUUUGUUAUGUAUGAUGAAAUUGAAAUCAAGCCACAGCCCAUGAAAUUGUGAAUCACUCCACCAGAUUAAGUUAGGGUAUAACGUUAACUUGGAAAUGGCCAUGUCAUCGCCCCCUGAGGUUGGCGUAUUGCUGAGGUGCUUGGGCCGUCGGGGAGGUGAUUUCCAGGCAUAUUGUUGUCCCUUCUGUGUGUUGGAUGCUGCGGACCCCACGCCUCCGCAAGUAGAAGGGUCCAGAGCAUCUCCCCUGCCUCUGCUGUCUGGGUCAGGGCCUGCAGCCAGCACCAUUUCACACACUCCUUGUAGAUGGAAGCCAGAGGAAACCUGGGUGCGGGUGGAGCCCUACUUCCAUUGAGAGUAUAAUUCGAGAGACGGAAGGCUGAUGAGGGAGGGAGAGGGAGGUGGGCAUUUUGGACACCAGGGGAAAUGGAGAUCCUGCUUUCAAAGCUCAGUUUCCUUUCCAUUUCUUCCUAGUCUGCCCUUUGACACAAAUCUGGUAGAAAGAAGCCUGAUAAAUUGAGGGCCCUUAUGCUCUCCCUGUGCUGGAAGAUUCUCAGAGAGAAGUAUGAGAAUUUGUGAACUUGCCAGCGGAGGACGGGUGGGCGGCCUUGGGCUGGGCUGGGCCUCCGUAUCAGGCCUGCUCACCUUGCUGGGAGCUUUGUUCUGAUCUCAUUUUGAAAGUUCCAGAGGGAGCAUCAUAAGAGCCCAAAGCUCUGAUUUCCAAAGAGAGGGAUUGACAUUUAUGUAGAUUGGUGCUGUAACAUAUUUUGAUAAAUACUAACUUAUUUUGUUGGGGUUUUGAUUGUCUCUUGUCGCAGGACCUGGUAGUUAUUUGCUUGAUUGUUUUUUUUUUCCUGUUAUUUUCUACAUAGGUAAAGAGAAUUCAGGGGAAGGAAUUUCCAAGAAAAGUUAAAGUGGUGGGAGAGUGAGUUACUUUUUUUUUUUUAAACUCUAGUUUUUUUUUUCUGGCUGAAAUUUCCAUGCAAGACAGCACCCAAUAGACUAUUUAGAGUUGACACUUGAGUGGGCGCCAUGGAUCAUUCUGUAGAUUGAGAGGGCGUGUCUCCCCUGCUCCGAGUCCCAUCACCGGAGCUCGCUGACAGCUGGGAGUGUGGCCUUCCUCAUGCAGAAGCCUUAAAGCUCGAUGCGGAAGCAUGCCCAGCUCGGCAGGGAUGGGAUCCCCCUGCACCCCCACCUUAGAGGACGGGCUUCCUAGUUAGGAAAGGACACAUGGGGGUGCCUUGCAUAAACAGUUCACUGGCCACCAUGCUUUUCUGAGAAGUUCUUUUGUACAGUUGCCAGGGGUUUUCUCUGCUGCUUGGGAGGGCGUGACUUAAGUCAUGGUGAUGGAGUAAGCCUCACAAUUUUAGUAGACCUUUUUCUUAUCACAUCCCUCAUUUCUUUCCCUGAAAUAAAAAUACACACAGCGAAAAAAAAUGAUAGUUUCACAUCUCUUAGUUCCCUUGCCUAAACGAGAAUAUUGUUAGUUCCACGGCUGGCCAGGAUUUUCCUUCAUAGUCAGAACUCCCACAUUACUAGAGGCACACCGGCCACGGGAGUAUUGUGUCUACUUUUAUCUGUGCAACAGCCACAAAUGCCCACAUUGGAAAGACCCAUUUGUGAUGGGUAAACGUCCCUUCCUGUCUCCCACACCCCCCUUGACCACCCUGCAUGUGCUCAUGACCUCCAAAGGCCCACGCUCAUGAAGCGGCAGAUCCCCAGGCCCCCUGCCUCAGGAUGUCUGCUGAAGAUGGGGACGAAGGGGGUCUCCAGAGAGGCAUCAGGGGCCUUGUGGGUGGCCGACUAGGGAGCCAGCUUACAGGAGGGCAGCUCUGUAGUGGGGAGGGGCACCGUCCGGAGACCAGGCCUCUGCACGUCCCCACCCUCCUUAACCUGCUCACACCCCUGUGGCCGAGGCUUUGUGUACUGGAUGUUUUUUUCCAAAUGAAGAGGACAGUGAUAGAUGCAUUUUCCCCAGGCUGUUUCAGAAAGAUCACGAAAUGUAUGCUGUUGUCAGAAUUGCUCAGCUCUCCCCCCACUGUUGGUUUUGUUUUUGCAGCAGCAAAAACUCUUUCCACUGCGGCUUUUAUCUCUCUCAGGCAACCAGCCACCUGGUCCCUUGUGCUGCGACUCUAGCACAGUGGCCAGGAUCCAAUUCAAGUCCAGGGGUGACCACAGGACGGUGGAGGCGGCGGGCUUCUCCACCCAUCCCAGCUGCCAGGGCCCUGAUGCACUCCCUCCUGCCCCUUCAGCACAUCCAUGUGCACAGCUGGAGGGGCACCUGGCCUGCUCACCUUCGUCCAGACCCGUGGAAAUGCUGGGGAUGCCAGCUCCUCCCCACCUUGCCCCUGCCACUGAGCAGGCAUUAACCGGCUGGUGUUUGCAGUCCCACAUGGUGUGGCCUCCAGAGCAGUGAGUUCCAGUGGGGGGGCAUGGGCAUCACCCAGGCUUACAGGGCAAGGUCUUGGGCACCGUGUGACGCAGGACUUACCGCUAAAGCAAGCCUGCCUGGCUCUGUGCCAGGGCCCUCUCUCCUGAUUCACACAUCCCAUUUUUACACAGACCCUUCCUUCUUAAGGGCUGACAGCUCAGUCGGCAGCCAAGAACCCACACCAUGAAGACAAGGAGUGAGGGGCCUUUGUGCCCAGGCCCAGCACAGCUGCAUUCUGGAGUGGAAGUGAGGCAUGUUUGUGUCCAUACCUCUGCUAGUUCCCAGGAUGGGGAAAUUGCUGGGUGGAGGUGACAUGAGGCUUGUGAGUGGAAUGGUUGCGGAGUUCGCCUGUAGACCGAUCUGAAUAUAUGUCAUGUAUAAUUGUUAUGUGUAAUUUAAGAUAUAUCUGUUUGCCAUCGUCAUGGGAAGAUAUGUAAGGCUCUUAAGGGAGAGGGAGGCAUGCAUGCUGUCAGGCUCCUGUGGACUCUGUCCUAGUAAUGAAAUGCUCUAUCGAUCCAGUGGUGCCAGAAGCUACACUCCAUGUGUCGUCGUGCUUAGGAAUGAUGCCUAAUGGAUUUUUAAGGCAAAAACUGUCAGCCGACGCCCACCAUCGUCUCUUGCAUCCAGUCUUUCCGUGCCAGCGUCUCAGAGCCACAGCACUCUCUUGCCAUCGGGACUGGCUGGGCAUGGCGUCUCGGAACACAGUUACCAUGGAGCCCUCCUGGAUCACUCUACAAAUGUGCUGAGUGCCAGCUGAAAACCCCACAGGAGAUGGAGUACCUUGGUCAAACUUAGAGAAGAUUUUCUCAGGGUAUUUACCAGUGUGUCCAGCAGGUCAGGAAGCAGGGAUGGAAAGACGCAUUCAGACUGCUAAUUUAUUAACAAGGCAAAUGAGUUCAUGUUUCUUGAUGACAAACUAUUAAGUUUGGGACUUAUUUUCCCAUUCGAGAAGUUAUAAUAUAUAAGAUAAGUUUCCUGCUUAAGUUGUGCCUUUCAGCUUCAACGAGUUUAAGGAGCACUAAGGGUAAUGAUACCAAUGAGGAUUGGUUUAUUAUCAAACCUGAAUAGCUGUGGUUUCUCCAGCAAACGUUUUCUUCUACUGAACAUGGAGCCAUUAUUAAGAGUUGUGUGUUUUUUUAAUUAUGUACAUUUGUAUAUUUUUUUUCUUGUUUGAUGUUCUAUUUUUCUAAUAGUUUUCUUAUAGUUUCUUAAAGUUGCGACACUAGACGUAGAUUCUGAUGCUAACUGCAAAUCAGGCUGGCCUCUGCUGGGUCUCUCCUGCUUUUAUUUUACUGUAAGGACAGUGUAGUUGUCGUCCACCACCUUUCAAAAAAUGUGAAACUGCCCCCCCCGUGCCCCGCCCCCCCCACCCCCCGCCUUUUUGCUGACAUCACUGUGUACAUUGACAGCUUCCUACCAUACUUUAUGUUAUAAAAUCAAACUAUUUUGUGGUACAUUAUCUCAUGCUUCCGCAAAUUCUAAUAAAUUCUGUCUAUGGCUUCCA